UUGAUGGUUCAUAUACACGUAUAUGGUCAUUGUCAGGUAAUCGUGGUGAUCAAUGGUAUGAAGGACAAGUCUCAUAUGUUUCAAUGGCUCCACAUCAAAUUGUUGUUGAAGCUAUUGCCGGAAAAGAUGAUUUGGGAAAUAUCGCAAUUGAUGAUUUUACAUUUACAACAAGUAAUUGUUCAAUUCGACCAAUGAUUGAUGCAGUACCAACAAUUGGAACAACACUUCCAUCAACACUAUUAACAACAAGUACACGUCGAACAACAUUGGCACCACAAUCACCAUGGGAUUGUAAUUUUGAACAAGGUGUUCUUUGUCAAACAUGGUCACAUGAUGUAACAGCAGAUUUUCGAUGGGCAUUAAAACAAGGUCAAACACCAUCACCUAAUACCGGACCUCUUGCUGAUCAUACAUAUGGAACACCUGAUGGUUGGUAUAUUUAUAUGGAAGCUAGUUAUCCACAAAAAUAUAAUCAACGUUGUCGUAUUAUAUCAGAAGAAAUUCAAGGACAAAAAUGUUUACAAUUCUGGUAUCAUAUGUAUGGUAUGGAUGUUGAUACAUUGAAUGUUUAUAUUAAAAUGAAUGGUCAAUUGGGUAAACCAGUUUGGACACGAGCAAGAAAUCAAGGUAAUCAAUGGUUGAAAGGACAAUAUGCAAUAUUUCCACCAGCAAAUACUAAAUUUCAAAUUGUAUUCGAAGGCAUUGUUGGACAAUAUACCCUUGGUGAUAUUGGUCUUGAUGAUAUUGCUGUCUAUGAAUCAUGUCGAAUUGAAGAUCGUUUAUGUACAUUCGAAGAUCCAUCUCAAUGUAGUUUUGUAAAUGAUGCUAUAACACAAUAUAAUUGGACACGUACAACUGGUGAUGAUCCAUUAGCAAGUGGUUUUAAACCAUCGAUUGAUCAUACAGAUGGAACAAGUAAUGGUGCAUAUAUGCUUGUUGAUAUUUCUAAAUCAUCAUCAGAUAUAACUAAUCAACGAGCACGUCUUGUUUCACCAGUUAUGGUUCCUAAUGGAGAACAAUGUGUUGAAUUUUGGUAUUAUACAGAUGGUGAAAUACUUAGUACAGCAUCAAAUUUAAAAUUAUAUGUACGAACAAGUACACAGUCAACAAAUACAUCUGGUUAUUUAAUUUGGUCAAAAAAUACUCUUCCAGAACGCCAAUGGCGAAUUACACAACAACGCAUUCCACAUGGUCUUAGUACACCAUCAUAUCAAGUUAUUUUUGAAAGUACAAUUUAUAAAUCAGGUGCCAAUUCACCAGUUAUUGCUAUUGAUGAUGUUUUCAUUCGUGAUCGAAUUUGUCUUGAACCAGGCGAUUGUGAUUUUGAAAAUGGCAUGUGUACAUGGAGAAGUAUAUUUCUUCUUGGAAAUGCUAGUUGGAUGAUUGGCUCAGGUUCAGCAAAACCACCUUAUAAUGGACCUCAAAAUGAUCACACCUUAGGAAAUGACCAAGGUCAAUAUCUUUUCUUAAGUUCAUCAUUCACCAAUCAACAAACCGUCGUUGCUGUUAUUCAAAGUGAAACAUUUUCAUCAACUUCACGUGCUGGUCGGUGUAUAACAUUCUGGUAUGUCAUACGUGGUAAUCAAUUAGGUCGUGUUGAUGUCAAUAUUACAACUUCACAAAAUACAUACAUGAUAUGGUCAUUAGGUAAUCUAGACAAAGGUGAAUCAUGGAAUUUUGCAUCGGUUGCCUAUUAUGCAGAGGAAGAUCACAAUAUCGUAAUCGAAGGAACUGUCAUUUCACAAAUGCAAGGCUAUUAUGCUAUUGAUGAUAUUGAUAUUCGUGAUGGUUAUUGUGGAACAACUCCAACAGAGGCAACUGCUAAUAUUUUAACAACACCAGCAACAGUAACUCGACCAACAACAUCAUUUCAAAUUCCAAGUAUCUAUGAUUGUACAUUUGAAGUCGAUUUUUGUUCAUGGACUCAUCUUACUGAUGGUGCUCUUAAUUGGACUCGAAAUCAAGGUAGUACAACUACAGCUGAAACUGGUCCUGCAUUUGAUGUAACAACACAAACAAAUCAAGGCUGGUAUAUUUAUCUUGAAACAUCUUCUCCUAUUAAACUUAAUGAUACAGCACGUUUACAAUCACCAUCAAUUGCUGGUUCAACAACAAAAUGUUUUGAAUUUUGGUAUCAUAUGUAUGGACCUGAUAUCAAUCGUUUAGAUGUAUUAAUUGUUGAUUCAUCAAAUGUUGAAACAACUGUUUGGUCUCGUGAAGGACCUCAAGGAAAUAUUUGGCGUUUAGGAAAAGUUAACUUAAAAGAUAUCACAGAUAUGUAUAGUAUUAUUCUUCAAGGUGUUGCUGGUUCAAGUUUUCAAGGUGAUAUUGCUUUAGAUAAUCUUCAAUUAUUUGAUGGUAAUUGUCCAAGUGAUUUACCAUAUGAAUGUGAUUUUGAAGAUGAAGGUUUAUGUGGUUUUCAAAAUGAUCCAACAGAAAAACAUCAAUGGAAAAGACAUAAAGGAGCAACACCUACUUCACAAACAGGACCAAGUAUUGAUCAUAGUACAAUGACUAGUAAUGGUUAUUAUAUGUAUGUUUCAAGUGCUAAUUCAAAUCGUCAAGGUGAAAAAGCUCGAUUAGUAUCUCCAUGGAUGAAUAAUACAAAUGGACAAUGUCUUUCAUUUUGGUAUCAUAGUUAUGGUGCUGAUAUUGGUUCAUUAACAGUUUAUAAACGUCUAUUAUCAACAGAUGAAUUAUAUCCAAUGUGGAAAAUAAAUUAUAAUUUUAAUGAUACAUGGAAUGCAGCUGAAAUGACAAUAACAAAUACUAAUGAACCAUGGGCUAUUGCAUUUGAAAGUGAAUAUGGUGUUGGAUUUUAUGGCGAUUUAGCUAUUGAUGAUGUAACUAUACGAAAUGGAAAUUGUCCAACAUUAGGUUCAUGUACAUUUGAAUCAGCGGAUUUUUGUACAUGGCAUAAUAUACGUUCACCAUUAGAUGAUUUUGAUUGGCUUGUUGCACAUGGUGAAACAGAUUCAGCAUUUACUGGACCAACAGUUGAUCAUACAUAUAAUGAUAUAUUUGGUUAUUAUGCUUUUAUUGAAGCAUCAUUUCCAAGAGAGACGAAUGACCGUGCUAUACUUGAAUCAACUAUACUUAUGCCAACAUCAGCAGCUGGUAAUUGUUUAUCAUUUUGGUAUCAUAUGUAUGGAAAUAUUGGUGGCUUGAAUAUUUAUGUUAAUGGUUUUAAAUCUACAAAUCCAUUAUGGAUUUGGGCACAAAAAGGAGAUAAAGGUGAUCGAUGGUUAAAUGGUCAAGUUACAAUUUCUCCAAGUUCAUAUUAUCGAUUACAGAUUGAAGGAGUUAUUGGCACAUCAAUUCGAGGAGAUGCAGCUAUUGAUGAUAUUCGUAUUUUCGAAAAUCCAUGUGUUUUAACACCAUCAGAUGCUGAUCCAUUAACUCUUACACCUACAACAACAUCUACUAAACCAAGUAUAACAAAUCCACCAGGACCAAAUGAUUGUACAUUUGAAAAUGGAAUAUGUAAUGGUUGGCAAAAUAUGGCAAAUAAUCGAUUUGAUUGGACACGUGUACAAGCUUCGACUGUAGUUGCACCACAAAUCGAUCAUACAACAAAUACUAAUAAAGGAUAUUUCAUGCAAGCUGAUUUAAGUAAACAUCAAGCAAAUGAUUAUGCGCGUCUCAAGAGUCCUAUUCUUAACAAUGCACAAUGCAUGACAUUCUAUUAUCAUCUAAUUGGACAUGGUGGUACGUUCAAUCUUUAUAUGGCUGCCGGCGAUAAUCUCGGUAUACCACUGUGGACACGAACAGGUACACAAGGUGAUGUAUGGCGUUUUGGACGAAUGGAAAUAAUUAAAAAUAAUGCUAAUGUUGUUUUUGAAGCUAUCGCUAGUGCAAAUUCUAUUGGUGAUGUAUCUAUCGAUGAUGUUAUAUUUACUCCUGGUCCAUGUAAAGAAAGUGCUUCCAUUGGUGAAGUAUGUACAUUUAUUGAUUUUUCUCAAUGUGGCUUUACACAAAAUACUACUACAUCAUCAUUACAAUGGCAAACAUAUUAUGGUGGUGAAACUCAUUUACGUACAACACCAAUUCCAUAUGAUCAUACCACUGGUACAAAUCGUGGUUCAUAUAUUUAUAUUGAUCUUGAAAAUCAAGGUGAAAAUCUAAAUGGACGUCUCUAUUCCCCAAUCUAUCCAGCAACAAAAAAUCAAUCAUAUUGUAUUGAAUUUUAUUAUGUACUUGUUGGUUCAAAUAAUACAUUCAAUAUAUUUACAGAAACUAAUACUGGUACUAAACGAAUUUUAUUUACACGAAAUUAUGAUCAUGGUUAUAUAUGGAAUAAAGGUGAAAUAACAUUGACAACAAUAAAUGAUGUUCGAAUUGUUUUUGAAAUAAUAUCUGGUUAUUCACGACAAGGUUUUAUUGCACUUGAUGAUUAUAUGUAUAAACAAGGUGAAUGUAGUUCUCGUGCAAAUGAAUGUACAUUUGAUGAUAAUACAUUAUGUUCAUGGACUAAUGCAGCAAAUAAUCAAUUCGAUUGGACUCUUCAUAAAGGACAAACACCAUCAUAUGUUACUGGACCCGUUGGAGAUCAUACUACGGGUAAUAGUUAUUAUAUAUAUAUUGAAACAUCUUUACCAGCUCAACCUGAAUGGAAAGCUCGAUUAGAAUCAGAAAUUUAUUUUGAUAAUCGUCCAAGAUGUUUUUCAUUUUGGUAUAGCAUGAAUGGACUUGACAUUGGUCGUUUGAUGAUUUAUAUACGAUCAAUUGUAUCGGCAAAUUUUACUACAGAAUCAUUAGUUUGGGCAUUAGCUGGGCAACAAGGAAAAGAAUGGAAACAUGGAUUUGCACCUAUUCAACCAAAUGGACAAUAUCAAAUUAUUAUUGAAGGUGUUCGUGGAAAAUCUUUUGAAGGUGAUAUUGCUCUUGAUGAUAUUGGAGUUUUACCAACUGAGUCAUGUACAUUACAACCAUUCGAUGCUGAUCCAGUUCAAAUAUCUGCACAAUUGAUAACUUGUAGAUUUGAACAAGAUUUUUGUCAAUGGAAAUUUGAUCCAACAGGAAAUUUUAAUUGGACAAGACAUACAGAAAGUACAAGCUCUAUUGGUACUGGACCAACUUCUGGUGCGGAUAAUUCACCUUAUUAUAUUUAUAUUGAAGCAAGUUAUCCACAAAAAGAAGGUGAUCGUGCUGGUCUUAUUUCACCUGUAAUAACAAAACCACAACGAACAAUGUGUUUUCAAUUUUAUUAUCAUAUGUGGGGUGAACAUAUUGGUUCAUUACAAAUAUCAACUAUUCAAAAUACACCUAAUGGUCAAAAACAAAAUUUACUUUGGCAACGUAAUGAAACACAAGCAAAAGCAUGGCGUCAAGGACAAAUUAAUUUAGGUGAUAUGUCAUAUGAUUUUGCUAUGAAAAUUGAUGGUUUUGUUGGAGGGGAUUACCAAGGAGAUAUUGCUCUUGAUGAAAUAUAUUUAACGGAUGGUGAAUGUCCACCACCAGAUUUUUGUGAUUUUGAAUCAUCGUUUUGUGGAUGGACUAAUGAUACAACAGGUAAUUUCUAUUGGACACGAGCACGAAAAGCAACAGACUCUCCUGACACUGGACCAACAACAGAUCAUACUACAGGAACUGAUCGUGGUUAUUAUCUUUAUAUUGAAACAUCUUUUCCUCAAGUUGCUGGACAAAAGGCUCGAAUAAUUAGUCCAAUGUAUUCUCCAUCAUCAUCAAUAUGUUUAAAAUUUUACUAUCAUAUGUAUGGGCCAUCCAUUGGUAUAUUAAAUGUUCUCAUUGCUGGUACACAACGAUUAUUGUGGACAAAGAGUGGUAAUCUUGGUAAUCGAUGGCGUUUUGGACAUGUAACUGUACGUAGUAAUGAUCCUUAUCAAAUAGCAUUUGAAGGUGUUGUUGGCUCAAGCUUCCAAGGUGAUAUUGCUAUCGAUGAUAUUUCAACAAUAAAUGGUCCAUGCGAAGAAGAAGGAAGCUGUAAUUUUGACGAUGGAAGUUUAUGUGGAUUUUAUAAUAGUAAAGAUGAAGAUGAUUUCGAUUGGGCACUUAAUCAAGGUGAAACGAUUUCAUGGGAUACAGGACCAUCUGUUGAUCAUACAACAGGAACAAGUGCUGGUUAUUAUGCUUAUAUUGAAUCAUCUUAUCCACAAUAUCAUGGUGAUAAAGCAUGGCUUGUCAGUGAAGUUAUGGAAUCACCCAAAGGUGCUUGUCUAGAUUUUUGGUAUCAUAUGAGAGGAAAUUCAACUGGAAACAUGUCAGUUUAUCAUCGAAUCUUAGAUAAAAAGCCAACAUCAUUAUGGUUUAUGGAGGGUAAUCAAGGUGAUCGAUGGAUAAAUGCAAAAAUUGAUUUACCACCAACAAAUGAUCAUUAUGAUUUCAUUUUCGAAGGUGUUGUGGGUGAUGGUUUCGAAUCGGAUAUAGCUCUUGAUGAUAUAACGUUAGGUCAAGGUGGUACUUGUGCUUAUUUUGCUUCAACAACUCAAGCACCUGUAACACCACAAGAAGCCGCUUAUGAAUGUGAUUUUUCAGAUGGCACAUUUUGUGAUUGGCAACUCGAAACAAGUGAUAAACCAUGGAUAGUAUCAUCAGGUCAAACAGCUGUUUAUGGUAAAGCACCAUUAACAGAUCAUACAGCACAAAAUGUAUUUGGAAAAUAUGCAUAUGUACCAAUUGAACCAACCGGAGGUGCAGUUUACUACUCUACAAUUGGUUUUCGUUCAUUACCGAGAGGUCUAACACUUUGUCUUGAUUUCUGGUAUCAAGCGUUCGUUUCAAGUGAUACAACACUCAAUGUAUAUAUACAAAAUGGAACAUCAACAGCUGUUGUUGCUUGGCGCCGACCUGGAACAACAGCACGUGAUCAAUGGACACAGACUUCAGUUAACCUAGGCACUAUACGUGGUUCAGUACAUUUAACUAUUUCAGCUGUUGUUGUACCUCGUACAACUGGUUAUGUUGCUAUUGAUGAUUUGAAAUUACUUAAUGGUGCAUGUCCAUCACCAAGUAUUUGUGAUUUUGAAGAUUCAACAAUAUGUGAUUAUCAAAAUGAUGCUACAGUAGAGUUUACAUGGACACGACAUAAAGGUGCUACUACAACAUCAUCAACAGGUGCUACAAAUGAUCAUACAUAUGGAACUAGUGUCGGUUAUUAUAUGUUCAUUGAAACAAGUUUACCACGAAAACCUGGUGACAAAGCUCGUCUGAUUACACCUGAAUAUAGUGUUGCACCUGGUGGAUCAUGUUUACAAUUUUUCUAUCAUAUGUGGGGUCAAGAUACUGGUGCACUUAAUGUUUAUCUUAAAGCUGGUUCAGUUAUUGAAGGUUCGCCAUUAUGGGCACUUGGUGGUGAUCAAGGUAAUCUUUGGCGACCAGCUCGUGCAACAAUAAGAACAACAGGAAAAUUUCAAGUUAUUUUCGAAGGUGUUGUAGGUCAAAGUUAUCUUGGUGAUAUUUCAAUUGAUGAUGUUUCUAUUUCACCAGGACCAUGUAAUGCACAUGGUUCAUGUACAUUUGAACAAGAUUUAUGUGCAUGGACACCAUCGGAUGGAAUAAAUGAUUUUGAUUGGUAUCGUUUAUCAUCAAAACAAAUAAGUUUACUUUAUAAUGGUACAAAUUAUCCAAUGACUGAUACAACAGUCAAUAAUGUUUAUGGACAUUUUCUUUGGGCAGCAUCAGAUUUUCGUUCAAAUCGUACUAAUCAAACAUCAUAUCUCUACUCAGAAAUUCUUUUAGCUUAUCAAUAUCAAGGUGGUGCAUGUAUAACAUUCAGUUAUUUUAUAACGAAUUCAUCAUCAUUAAAUCUUUAUUCUCGUGCACGACCCGCUGGUCAAAACUCUUCAUUAUUAUGGUCAGUUAAUAAUAAUCAAGGCAAUAAAUGGUUACAAGUAGAUGUCGAUAUCCCUGUUUCACCAAGUGACUUUGAAAUCUAUUUCGAAGGAAGAUUCAAUUCAUCUGCUAUUUCUGGUUCAAUUGCAUUAGAUGAUUUACAUAUUCAUGCAACACCAUGUUCACAAAUUGAUACAACACCAUCACCAUUAUCACCAUUUGAUUGUGGUGAUGGAACAACAAUCCCACAAUCAUCAGUUUGUAAUUUCAUAACUGAUUGUGCAAAUGGUCGUGAUGAACAAGCUUGUGCUGAUUGUACAUUUGAAAAAGAUACAUGUCGAUGGUUAGAUAUUAGUAUUGGUCCUUUUGCUUGGAUGCGUGGUCAAGGUAUGAAUGUUGCACCAUCACAUUAUGGACCAGUUGUUGAUCAUACAGUACAUACAAGUCAAGGUUAUUAUAUGUAUGUACGAACAAGUGAUGGUCUUAUUUGGGAUGAAGCUGUAUUUGAAUUACAACAAACUCUUCAACCAAGUUCAGCAACAUGUGAAUUAGAAUUUUGGCAUCAUAUGAUAAAUCAUCAAUAUCUUCGAGUAUAUUUAAUUGAAGGUGAUGAUUCAGUUGAUGUUUGGGAAGAAGAUGAUUCACAUAGUGAUCAAUGGGUACGUGUUAUAAUAACAUUGGGACGUAUUACACGACCAUGGCGUAUAAAAUUUAUGGCAGAAAAAAGCUGGGGUGAUGGAUCAAUUGCCAUUGAUGAUGUACGUUUAGUUGGUUGUCAAUUUCCACCUAUACGACCUAAUUGUACAGUUGAUCAAUUUCGAUGUCAACGUGGUGCUUGUAUAUCAAAAGAUCGUCUUUGUGAUUUUACGGACGAUUGUGGUGAUAAUUCCGAUGAACUUAAUUGUAAUAACAAUGUUAUGUGUAGUUUUGAAGAACCAACAGGUAUGUGUGGUUGGUCACAUGAUGAAGAUAAUGAUCUUGAUUGGCAACUUGGACAAGGUGAAACAUCUUCAUUUAAUACGGGACCUAAACGUGAUCAUACACUUGGUUUACCGAGUGGUCAUUAUAUUUAUCUUGAAGCAUCUUAUCCAGCUAAGCAAAACGAUCGAGCUCGUAUUGCAUCACCUGUUAUGAAUAGUACAGGAUUAUCAUGUAGAUUUCGAUUCUAUUGGCACAUGUUUGGUGAAGAUAUUGGUGCACUUAAUGUAUAUACUCGAACAACAUAUGGUGGACAAAUGAAAAAAAUCUGGUCAAAAGAUUAUAACGUUGGUGAUUAUUGGACUCGAGCUGAUCUUGCAUUAUAUAUUAGUGAACCUUUUCAAGUUGUACUCGAAGCUAUUGUUGGUGAUGAUUAUGCUGGAGAUAUUGCUGUUGAUGAUACAUCAUUCACAACAGAUUGUAUUUUAGCAAAUGUUAAUUUAGUUACUGUUACAACACCGAAUCCAAUUACAACAACACCAAAUCCAUGUGUAGCUAAUAAUCAAUUUAUGUGUAUUGAAAAUGGCCAAUGUAUUGAUAAGGCAAAAGUAUGUGAUUUUAGAAUUGAUUGUCCAACACCAGGAGGUAGUGAUGAAGCUGAAUGUGGUACAUGUUCAUUUGAUAAUAAUAAUGGAACAUUAUGUGGUUGGAAAGAUUAUUCGUAUGGAAGUCUUGAAUGGCAGUUAGUAACUGGACCAAUGAAUAUGGGACCAUCAAGUGAUCAUACAACAGGCAAAGGAUUUUAUGUUGCUGUACCAGCUGAUGAUUGGUAUGGUUUUGGAUCAUUACGUUCACCACCUGUAGGACCAGCUGGUAUUGAAUGUCAGUUGAGAUUUUGGUACUAUAUGGAUACUGAUGAUAGUAUGGAUUACAGCAGUAUUUCGGUCUAUAUUCGACAAGAAAGUAGCAAUUAUACUGGAUUCACGUAUAUUGAUAGUGUUGAUGAGUCAACUGGACCGCAAUGGAAACGAGGCGUUAUUAAUAUUGGAUAUCAAAAAGAACGAUUUGCUAUUGAAAUUGAUGGAUCACCAGGGCAAGACAAAGGUAUAGCGAUGGAUGAUAUAGAAUUUUAUAAUUGUCAAGCUGCAAUUCCACCUGAACUUGGUUUACCAGUUGACUGUACAUUUGAACAAGGUUGGUGUAACUUUUUCCAUGAUGAUACUGCUGAUUUUAAAUGGGAACGUACAAAUAAAGCAACAGAAUCAUCAAAUACAGGACCAGGCUUUGAUCAUACAACUGGUUCAGGUUUUUACGUAUUUAUUGAAGCAUCUUAUCCAAGUGAAUCAGGUGAUCGUGCUCGAAUGAUCUCAGCAUUUCAAAAUCCAUCUUCUACUCCUCGUUGUUUAACAUUCUGGUAUCAUAUGUAUGGUGCUAAUAUUGGUACAUUAAAUACAUUUGUUCAAAGUGUAUCAAAUAAUCUAUAUAAUAUAUCAUCAACACUUGUAUGGACAAAAUCUGGUACACAAGGUAAUCAAUGGCAUCGUGCAACACAAACAUUAUAUAAUCUUAAUUCAACUGUUAUGUAUGGUUGGCGUGUUGCAUUUGAAGGUGUAGUUGGAAAAGGUUAUCUUGGUGAUAUUGCACUUGAUGAUAUAUUUCUAAGUCAAUCAGCAUGUCCAGCUACUCGAACUUGUAAUUUUGAACUUGAUUUAUGUGAUUUUCAAGCUGAUCCAGCUGGUAGUUGGAUACGACAACAAGCAACUAAUAUAUCGUACUUUGUUAAUGCAGAUCAUACAUCAUCAACAUCACUUGGCUAUUUAGCUAUGGCCACUCAAGAUAAUGCUAAACUUCGAAGUCGACAAUAUACAAAUGUUGGUGAUGAAUGUUUGAAAUUUUGGUAUUUUAUUAAUGGUCCUGAUGGAACAACUGGUAAACUAAAUGUUGCUAAACAAAUUGGUGGUUCACAAAUAGAAACUAAUCUUUGGUCAAAUGAUAUCUAUGAAAAUGCAUGGCGUUAUGAACAAGUUUCAAUUAGUGGUAGUGGUAGUUCAUUUGUUACAUUAUUUCAAGCAUUAAAAUCUUCUCAAAAUGUUAAUAUUGGUAUUGAUGAUGUUAUACUCACUCUUGGUUCUUGUCCAGCACCAAUAAAUUGUGAUUUUGAAAGUGUUGGUAUUUGUAGUUGGACACAAGUAAAAGAUGAUGCUUUUGAUUGGUUACUUCAAUCAGGUGCAACAGACUCAUAUGGCACUGGACCAACUGUUGAUCAUACAACAAAUUCAGCACAAGGACAUUAUAUUUAUAUUGAUGCAUCAUAUCCAGCUAAACAAAAUGAUACAGCUCGAAUAAUGAGUGAACAUUUAAUAGUAGGGCAAGGUUGCUUUUCAUUAUGGUAUCAUAUGUUUGGUUCAGAUAUUGGUUCAUUAGUUAUUUAUACAAGUAUUAAAACACAACCAAUGACUGAAGUUUAUCGAAUAAAUGGAGAACAAGGUGAUGCAUGGAAAAAAUUAAAUGUUGAUAUUGGUGUAACUUUACAAAAUCAAGAAUGGGUACGAAUUAUUGUUGAAGGUGUUGUUGGAAAAAGUUAUCAAGGUGAUAUAUCUAUUGAUGAUAUUGUUUGGUCACCUACUGUCACAUGUGCAACAACAGAAAUAACAACAACACCAAGUGGACCUACUACACCAACAACCUAUCCACCAACACUAUAUGAUUGUGAUUUUGAAUGUAAUUGUACAUGUAAUUGGACACACGAUGAUACAACAAAGUUUAAAUGGACUAUUAGAAAAGGUUCAACAUCGACUGCUAAUACAGGACCUGAUGGCGAUCAUACAACAGGAUCAAGAUUUGGUUAUUAUAUUUAUAUUGAAACAAGUUCACCAGCAAAAUUUAAUGAUACAGCUCGUUUAAUUGGUCCUAAUUUGAUUGCUACAAAUGAUGAACAAUGUUUCCGAUUUUAUUAUCAUAUGUAUGGAUCGGAUGUUUAUCGAUUAAAUAUUUAUGCACGAAUUAACGGAGUUCUUGGUAAAGCUUUAUGGCAAAAAGAAGGCAAUCAAGGUAAUCAAUGGUUAUUUGGUCGUAUAUCAUUACGUGGUAAUAUUGAACAAACAAUUGGUCAACCAUAUCAAUUAGUUGUAGAAGGUAUUGUUGGUAAAAGUAUUCAAGGUGAUAUAAGUGUUGAUGAUCUUGCUAUUAAUCAAGGACCUUGUCCAUCAUCAAGUGUUUGUGAUUUCGAAAGUAGUGAUCUAUGUAGUUAUGUUAAUGAUCCAACAAAUACAAUUGAUUGGAAACGUUUUCAAGCUGGAAGUGAUUCAUCAUUACCAUCUGUUGAUGUUACUUAUAAUUCACCACAUGGACAUUUUAUGUUAUUAAAAUCAGAUAAUCCAUCAAAAUCAGUAAAUGGUCGUCUUGUAACAUCAACUUAUCCUGAUACAAGUGGUUCAUGCAUACGAUGGUAUAUGUUAUUAGAAAAUGCAGCAACAUUAAAUAUUCGUACUUAUGCAUUUGGUGCAAUAAAUCCAAAUAUACUUUAUACUGUUCGUGGUACACAAGGUAAUCAAUGGAAAUUAGCACAAACAACAGUAAAAAGUGGUUCACCUUAUCAAGUAGUAUUUGAAGGUGUUUUAAAUAAUACAAAUAAUACAUUAGAUUCGAUAGCUAUUGAUAAUGUUGAAAUAAAAUCUGGUGUAUGUGAACAAUUAGCAUCAUGUGAUUUUGAAACAGGUUUAUGUGGUUUUCAAAAUCUUAAAACUGAUUUUGAUUGGAAACGAACAUCUUAUAAUGUGGAAUUAUUUAGUGCACCACAAUUCGAUCAUACAACAAAUAGUCGAGGAGGAUUUUAUUUAUGGAUGGAUCGUGGACAAACUACAAAAGGUAGAAAAGCUCGAAUUGAAUCUGAACUUAUGUUAGUUGAUAUACGAUGUAUAUCAUUUUGGUAUUAUAUGAAUAACACUGUUGAUGCUCAAUUAAAUGUUUACAUACGUGAUCCACGUUCAGAUACUUAUAGUUUAAUUUGGUCAAAUGAUCAAAUUCAUGGAUCAUUCUGGGUAUUAAAAGAAAUAACUGUACGACCAAAUAUGACAGUUUAUGGAACGAACAGAUUCACCAUUGUUUAUGAAGCUGUUGUUGGAUCAAAGACUGGUGAUUUGGCUAUUGAUGAUUUAACUACACGAUCAGGAAAUUGUCUAUCAACAACACCACCACAAAAUAUGUAUCAAUGUCUUGAUGGAACACUUAUUUCAAAAUCAAAAGUGUGCGACUUCAUUGUUGAUUGUAAAGGUGGUGAUGAUGAACGUUCAUGUGGUAAUUGUACAUUUGAAGGAACAACUAAUUCUCUAUGUGGUUGGACUGAUGUUAGUAAAGGUUCACUUAUGUGGAAACGUGGUUCAAAUGGAACGACAACUGGAACAAAUCCAAGACCAACAGUCGAUCAUACAACAUAUAGGUCUACUGGUAGUUAUAUGUAUUUAUCAUCAGCUAAUGGAACUCUAUCAAAUUCACCAGCACGUUUAAUAACACCUGUACUUCGUGAAGCAAGUUCAACAUGUCUUAUUGAAUUUUGGGUUUAUUUAACUGGUCUUUCAUCAAAUCAAUUGAAUGUUAUGUUAUUAACUGGUAAUCAAAUUGAACGAGCAACAUUACAACGAUUUCAUUAUCAAACAAUGACUAAUUGGACAAAAGCAACUGUUGAAAUUGGUCGUGUUGAUGUACCAUUUCAAAUAUCAUUUGAAUCACAACGUUCAAUAAUAUGGGGAGCAGUUGCUAUUGAUGACAUAAAAAUACUUCGUUGUCAUUUACCACCAAUCGUUAAACCUACUCAAUGUCAAGCAGCAGAUCGAUAUCUAUGCGCACGUGGUUCAUGUAUAACAACAUCUCGUCUUUGUGAUUUAACAGAUGAUUGUGGUGAUGAUUCCGAUGAAUCAAGUCGUGUGUGUGCAUCAUAUCAAACAUGUACAUUUGAUAUAUCAUUCUGUGAUUGGACGCAUGAUAAUACAGUUGAAUUUAAAUGGACAUUACAUCAAGGACCAUCACCAUCCGAUGAAACAGGCCCUAAUCGUGAUCAUACUACUGGUUAUGCAACAGGUCAAUAUGCUUUUAUUGAAGCAUCAUAUCCACAAAUGCCAGGACAUAAAGCACGUUUAAUAAGUCGAACAUUUCAACCAACGACAAAACAAUGCCGUUUUAUAUUUUAUUAUCAUAUGUUAGGUGAAGAUAUGGGUCAAUUAAAUAUUUAUGUACGAUUUUAUUCAAAUGGUCCAUUACAAAAGAUUUAUGGUGUCUCCGGUGAAAGAGGUAAUGCAUGGAUUCGACAUGAAUUAAAAUUAGAUUAUACAACACCAUUUCAAGUAUUAAUUGAAGGUGUAGUAGGAACAGGUUUCUUGAGUGAUAUUGGUCUUGAUGAUACAGUAUUUACUCCUGAAUGUCUACCUUAUGCAUCGUUAGAAUUACCUAUGACAACAAUUACAACAACAACAGCAGCACCAAAACCAUGUCCUAUAGCUGGACAAUUUCGUUGUGUUGGAACUGAUAUGUGUCUUGAAAAAGAGAGGGUUUGCGAUUUUACUGUUGAUUGUCCUGAUGCAUCUGAUGAAGAUCGUUGCGGCCCAUGUGAUUUUGAAAAAGAUGACUGUGGUUGGGAAGAUGUCUCAUGGAGUGCUUAUUCAUGGUCUCGAGUACGCGCAAGUGAAGCUAUAACUAAUUCACCUAAAGCACCUGGUUUCGAUCAUACACUUAAUAAUCCAACAGGAUGGUAUAUGCAUGUUGCUGGUGAUAUGGGUGAUUUCUUUGAUCUUGCUGAAUUACGUAGUCCAUCAUUACCUGCAUCAAGUUCUACAUGUCAAAUAAUAUUUUAUUAUUGGCUUGUUGGUAAUAGUACUGGUAAACUUGAAUUGUUUUCAUCAAGAAAUAGCACUGUACUAUGGUCAAAAUCCAGUGCACCAGCUAACCGUUGGAAUCGAGCUACUGUUAAUGUUGGUGCUAAUCCAGCUGGAUGGAAAUUAUUUUUUGAACUUGAACCUAAUUUGGACUUUUCUGGAGCGUGGACAGAUGAUGUUGCUAUUGAUGAUAUAUCAUUUUCACAGUGUAGUGCAAAUCGAUCACGACAUAUACUUGAUUGUGACUUUGAAAAUGAUUUCUGUUCAUGGCAAACAAAUGGUUUAGCUGAUUUUAAUUGGACACGAACAUCAUCAAAAACACCAUCUCUUGAUACUGGUCCACCUGGUGAUCAUACAACAGGCACAGGUUAUUAUAUUUAUAUUGAAGCUAGUACACAAAAACCUGGUGAUCGAGCUUGGCUUGCAAGUCCACUAGUACCACCAACAACGUCAAGUUGUCUUGUUUUCUAUUAUCAUAUGUUCGGUGUUGAUAUUCGUACAUUGAAUGUUAUGUUACAAACAUCACUAUCAAAUGUAACUAUAUUUACACAAAAUGGACCACAAGGAAAUGUAUGGAGAAGAGGAGAAGCAGAUUUUCGAAGUACACUUUCAUAUAAACUUAUAUUUGAAGGCAUUGUUGGAAAUAGUUGGGAAGGUGAUAUUGCACUAGAUGAUAUUCAACUCAACUAUGGCAAUUGUCCAACAGCAACAGGUAUAUGCACAUUUGAACAUGGAUUAUGUGAUGGUUGGGAAAGAAGUAGUGAUGGUGAUUUUGAUUGGUCUCGAGGUCGUAAUGGUUCAACACCAAGUGGUACACCUACUGUUGAUCAUACGUAUUCAUCAGCUACAGGACAUUUUCUUUUUGUUGAUCCAACUGGUCGUACUCAGGGUGAUGAAGCUCAUCUUAUGUCACCUGUUUAUAAAGCUAGUCAACCAAGAUGUCUACGUUUCUGGUAUCAUCUUUAUGGAACUGGACAAGGUACAUUACAAAUACAACAAAAACCUGAAAUUGGUCGAGCCAAAACAAUAUGGACGAAAUCAAAUGAUCAAGAUAAUAUUUGGCGUCAAGCACGUCUUACUGUACCACCAUUACUCGGUCAGAGUACAUAUAGAAUUCUUAUUAUUGGUAUUGUUGGUUCAAAACCAACUGGAGAUACGGCUAUUGAUGAUAUAUCGAAUACUGAAGGUGAAUGUCCUGGUUCAGAAGUUUGUACAUUUGAAGAAGAUCUUUGCACUUGGAUUAAUGGACAAAAUGGUGUUGUUGAUGAUUUUGAUUGGUUACGUAAUUCUGGUUCAACACCAAGUAGUGGAACAGGUCCAAGUGUUGAUCAUACAUUUGGAACACCUGAAGGAACAUAUUUAUAUAUUGAAGCAAGUCAAACAUUUAUUCAAGCUGCAAAAGCAUGGCUCAUUUCUGAACAUUAUGAUCCUGGUAUACAUUGUUUGGCAUUUUGGUAUCAUCUUUAUGGACCAGAUAUGGGUACAUUAAAUGUAUAUACACGUAUUGGAUCAUCAACACCACAACUUGAAUGGACUUUACGUGGUAAUCAUGGUAAUCAAUGGCGAAUGGGAGCUGUUAAUGUUAAUAUGGGUGCUGAAUUUUAUUUCAUUAUCGAAGGUACUCAUGGUGGAAGUUAUCUUGGUGAUAUGGCUAUUGAUGAUGUUCUUGUAUUACCAAAUUCACAUUGUACAAUUCCAACAACCACAACAACAACUACACCACCAACAACACCUGGUCGAUAUACACCAUUAUCAUGUAAUUUUGAAAAUGAUACAUGUAAAUGGACAUAUGAUUCAACAGCGUCUGGUAAUUGGUUACGACGUCAAGGUAAAACAGAUGCUGUUCAAUAUGAUCAUACAUUACAAACGGAAGAUGGUUGGUUUAUUGAUACAUCAAAUUUAAAGAGUAAUCAAACAGCACGUUUAGUUAGUACAAUGACAACAAUAACAAAUCGUGGUUUAUGUUUUCGAUUUUGGUAUCGUGCUUAUGGUUCAAAACAAGGAAAAUUAAAUUUAUUACAAAGAGCAUCAUUUGAACAAAAUACAACAUUAGUUUAUAGUAUACGUCCAAAUCUUGAUAUUGAUUGGCGUGAAGCUAUUGUUUAUCGACAAACAUUAGGCAAUUAUCAAUUUAUACUCGAAGGUAUUGUUGGUAAUAGAGUUGCUGAUUCAGAUAAUAUAGCUAUUGAUGAUAUCACAACAAAUGAAGGUCCAUGUCCAAUACAAAGAUUCUGUGAUUUUGAAUCACAAGAUAUAUGUGGUUAUACAAAUGAUUUAUCAGGUAAUUUUAAUUGGACUCGUUAUCGAGGUUCAACAUUAACUUCCAGUACUGGUCCACCAUAUGAUCAUACAACAUUUACAAAAGAAGGUUAUUAUAUAUUUAUUGAAACAAGUUCACCACGUAAGCCAGGUGAUGUAGCUCGUAUAAUUAGUCCAGUAUUUCCUGCAUCAAAACAAUAUAAUUGUUUACAAUUUUAUUACCAUCAAUAUGGUGCAGAUAUUGGUGCAUUGAAUGUUUAUAAACGUGAUGUUGGUGGUUCAUUAAAUCCAUUGAAAAUAUUUAGUUCACAAGGUAAUCGUUUUGAUGAAUGGCAUGUUAUGGAAGUAAAUAUUGUACCAUCAAAACCUUAUAGUAUUAUAUUCGAAGGUGUUGUUGGAAAAAGUUUUGGAGGAGAUAUUGCUAUUGAUGAUGUUCUUAUUAAAGAACGACCUUGUCCAUCAAUUGGUAAUUGUGAUUUUGAACAAGGCAUGUGUACAUAUAAAAAUUCUGAAAAAGAUCGUGAAAUGGAUUGGAUAAGAAUGCGUAGUGAUGCUGGUGAUAAUACAAUAGGAACUAAAUUUGGAACAUAUCUUGCAUUUGAUAUGACACCAACAACUGUAUCAUCAAAUCGUGCUCUACUUAUAUCAUCUGAUUUAGAUAAUACAGCACAAUAUUGUUUUCAAUAUUAUUAUAAACGUUCUGGUAAUGCUCAAGGUUCUUUAACAAUCAAUCGACAAACAUUUGCUAAUGUAACUGCACGUUAUUUAUUAGUUAAACAUGAAGGUAAUGAUUUUCCAAACGAUUGGAAACUUAAUCAAAUUGUACUCAAUCCAUUAUUAAAUCAAACAUCAAAUGUCUAUCGUUUAUUAUUUGAAGCUAUUAGUAUAAGUGGUGUUGGUCGUUUAAUGCUUGAUGAUUUUGAACUUAUCAAUGGACCAUGUCCACCAAUACCAAGUAAUUGUUCAAUUCAAUGCGAUACAUCAACUGGUACAAGACAAUGUAUACCAACAAAUAAAAUAUGCGAUUUUAAUAUCGAUUGUCUUAAUGGUGAUGAUGAACGUCGAUGUGGUUAUGAUUGUACAUUUGAAAAUAAUGAAUGUAAUUAUACUGAUCCAUCAGCAGGUGCAUAUAAAUGGCGACGACGACGUGCAGGUCUUACAGUACCAGAUGUUAGUUCGGCACCAUCUUUGGAUCAUACAACAACAUCAGCAAAUGGUUAUUAUAUGAUUGUACAAACAAAUAAUGGUACUCUCGAUGAACAAGCACAUUUACUUUCACCAUUACUUCAACAAUCAUCAUCAACAUGUGAAUUAACAUUUUAUUUUCAUAUGUCAGGAACAAAUGUUGGUCGUCUUGAAGUUUUACUUCUUCAAGGUUUAGAACGAAGUCGUAUAUGGUCAGUUGAAGGUACUCAAAAAAAUCGAUGGCUUAGAGCAAUUGUUAAAAUAGGUCGUUUAUAUCGUCCAUUCCAAGUUCGUUUUGAUGCAAGAAAAACAGCAACAGCAUUAGCUGAUAUAGCAAUCGAUGAUAUACAAUGGAUUGGUUGUAAUUAUCCAAUAAUUAAUAAUGAAACAGUAGCAUGUACUGCUAACCAAUUUCAAUGUAAACGUGGCGGUUGUAUUGAUCAAAAUCGUGUAUGUGAUUAUACAGAUGAUUGUGGUGAUAUGAGUGAUGAAGAUAAUUCAACUUGUGCAAGACCUAAUGUUAUACCAGGUUGUGAUUUCGAAACAAAUUUCUGUAAAUUUUUGAGUGUAACUUCUCAACCACUUCUAUUUGAACGUGCACGUGCUGAUCAAUUAGUUCAUGAUUAUGCACCUGAAAGAGAUCAUACAUUAAAUAAUUUAGCUGGUUCUUUUAUUUAUGUUAAUACACUUGGUCAACCACCAAAUAGUAUAGCUCAUUUAAGAUCAUCGAGAUUUGUUCCAUCGACUGGUUGCAAAGUACGAUUUUACUAUUAUAUGAAUAGUGCAACAAAUCCUGGUCAAUUAACAUUUAUGGUUCGAAAUCAAACAGCAGGAUUAACAACAAAUGUAUGGUCAACAUCACGACUUAUUGGUGAUCAUUGGGAACGACAAGAAUUAUUAUUACCAACAGGAUCAUUAUUUGAAUUAUUAAUUGAAGUUAAAAGUUCAGAUGGUGGUGGUUUUAUUGGUUUAGACGAUAUAUCAUUUUCGUCAGAAUGUAAUAAUUCAAAUGCAUAUUUACCUUAUGGUACAACACCUAGACCAAAUGGAACAUCAACAACACCUGUACCAUGUACAUAUACAUGUAAUGACGGUACUUGUAAAGGAAAAGGAAAGCGUUGUAAUUUUGUACCUGAUUGUUCACAAGGUGAGGAUGAAGUGAACUGUGGUGAAUGUGAUUUUGAAACAUCAACUUGUGGUUGGGAAGAUGAUAGUGUUGGAUAUUAUGUUUGGGCAAGACGUAAUGCAUCAUCGAUUCUAUACAUGCCUGGUGAUAUGACAACAAAUACAACGAAAGGUUUUGUUAUGACAGUUGCUGGAGGUUCAGGAUCAUUUGCUGGUAGUAGUCGAUUAGUUUCUGAACGUAUUGCAGAAGCUGCAGCAUCAUGUCGUGUUCAGUUUGGUUUAUAUCGUAAUCGUGAUACAGACGGUACAAUAGCACUUUAUCUUGAAGAUGAUUCGAAAUAUACAACAAAAAUUUGGACUGAUCCACGAACAACAAUUGGUCGAACAUGGACACCGAUAACUGUUAGUAUAGGACGAAGACGUUCUGGUUUUCGACUUAUAUUUAUUUCAACACAUGUUGGUUCAACUAUAUCAUCUGAUAUAUCUAUUGAUGAUUUUAAAUUUCUUGAAUGUAAUGCACAAACAGUUGGUCAUUGUGAAGGUUUUACUGAUCCAUUUAAUUGUUCAAAUGGAAAUUGUAUUCAUCAAGAUAAUGUAUGUGAUUUUAGUGAUGAUUGUGCUGAUAAUACGGAUGAAAAUAAUUGUGCACAAUAUGUCCAAAUGUGUAGUUUCGAAAAUAAUGCAGAACCAAAAUGCUCAUGGUCACAUGAUCCUGAUGCCGACUUUGAAUGGCAACGUAUGCGUGGUGAACAAGUUAAUAAUUUUGAUUACUAUGAUGAUUGGUGGCAACUUUAUGGCCCUGAUCGUGAUCAUACAUUAGGAACAUCAAAAGGACAUUUUCUAUUUCUUGAAACAAGUGCACCACGUAAACCAAAUGAUACAGCACGUGUUAUUAGUCCAGUAUUUGCUCCAACAAUAUCAGGAGAAUGUCAAUUUCGAUUUUGGUAUCAUAUGUAUGGUUAUGAUGUUGCAUCAUUAAAUGUAUAUACACGUACUUAUGUUGGUGGUCCAUUAACAUUAGUUUGGAAUCAAAAUCGUCAAAAAGGUGACGAAUGGCUUCGUGCUAAAGUUGUUCUUAUACUUCAACAACCAUUUCAAGUACUUAUCGAAGGUGUACGUGGUGCUAGUUAUGAAGGUGACAUUGGUGUUGAUGAUACAAGUUUUACACCAGGUUGUCAAGUACAAAUCACAGCUACAUUACCACCUAUUGUAUAUUCUACAACACAAAGUCCAUAUUGUAAUUCAACACAUUCUCAUUGUUUAACAAAUACUCGUCAAUGUUUACCAAAAGAUCAAUUUUGUAAUUUUAAUGUGGAUUGUACAGAUCAAACAGAUGAAUUAUCAUGUCCAUCAACAUGUAAUUUUGAACAAAACACAUCAUGUCUUUGGACAAAUGAUCGAAAACAAAAACUUAAAUGGAGUUUUGGUAGUGGUAGAACAGCAUCAAUGAACACAGGUCCAAGCACUGAUUAUACAACACAUAGUAUUAAUGGAACAUAUAUAUAUUUGGAAACAAGUGAUGGUAACUUUGGUGAUCGUGCUCUUUUUAUUAGUCCACUCUAUCGUAAAUCUUCAAAGAUGUGCAAGUUUACAUUCUGGUAUCAUAUGUUUGGUGACACAAUUAAUACAUUAAAUAUUUAUGUACGUUCUGGUGGUAUUGAUACAUUGAUAUGGUCAUUACAAGGAAAUCAAGGUGAUAAAUGGUUACAAGGAAUAGCACAAUUACCAACAUGUGCAUCAGAAUUUAAUAUUCUUGUUGAAGGUAUACGUGGCACAUCAUUUACAGGUGAUAUAGCCUUAGACGAGUUUCGUUUUGAACAAUGUUAUGAAGAUCCUCCAUUACCAACAUGUGCACAAGCUAUUGGAGGUCCUAAUCAAUUUAUGUGUCGAAGCAAACAUUGUAUACCACAAGCAAAUAAAUGUGAUUAUGAAUUAGAUUGUUGUGAUGGUAGUGAUGAAGAUGAUAAUAUAUGUUAUGAUUAUCAAAGAUGUAAUUUUGAAGCAGAUCUUUGUUCAUGGGAACCAUCAGCCGGUACUCCAUUGAAUUGGGAAAGAUAUCGUGCUAAUGCAAUACCAUAUGAUCAGCGACCACCAUAUGAUCAUACAACACGUAGUCAACUUGGUCAUUAUUUACAAUUACGUUUGAAUUCAACAAUACAAAGAGAUACAUUAGCAACCGUAUCAAAUUAUCUCGGCGUAGCAGCACAACCAGGAUGUACAAUGCGUUUUUGGAUUUAUUUUAAAUCUUCUUAUAAUGGACAAUUAGUUGUUGGUUAUCGAUAUGCUAUUGGAGAUGAAAUCAGACCUUUGUCAUUUUCAAGUUAUCAAUCAUGUCAAACAAAUGCAACACAAUGUUCAUGGCAACGUAUUGAUGCUCCACUAAGUGCUGUUUUAACUCAACCUACUGAAAUUAUUAUUGGUGUAAGAACAGGUGCUGAUCGUGAUGGAAUUAUGGCAAUAGAUGAUAUAACAUAUACACCACAAUGCGUUCAAUAUAAUGGAACAAUACCAACAGUACCUACAACAACACCAUAUACAGGUCCACAGACAACAACUUCUACACCAACACCAUACACAGGUCCACCAACAACAAC